ACGGCGGGCUCCCGACAGCCGAAAUAAUCGAUCCGCGAGAAGAUAUCUUUUCAUCAUGGCUGUCCUCAUUGGACUUCAGAAUUCUCUAAGGACCACUUUAUAUACCACGUUAUGGGCUUCGUUCAUUUGCUUUGCUUCCGGUGCGGCUCAAUCAGACGGACAAUGCAGCCCAGAAAAAGUAGCCAAGUGCUCAGAAGGCAUACGAAAUUUCCUGGGCACUAUGGAUGAAGUUACGCUGGCGAGCGACCCAGAGACCCUAGACAAACACUGCAGAGCAAUCAAAGUGACCAAAGACUGCCUGCUGCGCGAAACGUCUCGAUGUCCCGAAGUGAUACGCGGCAUCUACAUCAGCUACCUUCGUCCGUUCAACACCAUAUUCCAAGACCUGUGUCAGGCAAAACCACAGCGUCAAGCUUACCUGAAGCACGCCCCGUGCCUAAACAGUAUGGCCAAAGACGGAGGCCCAUGCAACAGGAGCUACGAACGAGUCCGAGCCUUCAUGGCGGGCGACCAGGACUGGACUGCGGACAAUUCCACGUUGCCCGUCUUCUGCUGCUACUUCUAUUCCUUCUACAACUGUCUGCACACGCAAACGGAAAGACGGUGCGGCAAAGAAGCGCAUGAAAUCUUCACCCGGUACACGGACUACCUGAACGGCAACGCUUUCGCGGGGGCCUGCAAUCGGUACACGGCGAACACAGACUGCGAUCCAGUCGCCGACAGCCGUUCCGCGGCUUCUUCAACCGUCUUCAACGGCGUGGCGCUGUCGACCAUGGCUGUCAGCGCUGUUAGCGUCUUGCUCCGUCCCACAACGUGUCCUCGCAGGAACUAUUGUUGAACAAAGAAUAUGUGUUGCUAACGUUUUUUUUUUAAAAGCAAACAGGGCAUAAUAUUAUGCCAGGGGUGGGUAACAAUGCUCAUACUUUGUAUUAUAAUACUAACCCAAGCAGCACAACAUCUUUGCCCAAUAUUGCAGCAAUAUUGCGAAUGUCGGCCCAAUAUUGGACCAAUAUUGGUGGUGUCGGCCCAUUAUUGGACCAAUAUUGGCAAUGUCGGCCCAUUAUUGGACCAAUAUUGGCAAUGCCGGCCCAAUAUUGGGCCAGUAUUGCCAACAUUGGGUCAAGAUGUUGUGCUGCUUGGGAAUACUUGUCUACCACGUUGUACUUGUACUGCUUGGGAGUACUUGUACCACGCAAGCGAUGCUGGUAAUAUGAACACAAUCUGUGUAUUGCAAUCGCGUUUUAUGUUAGACAAAUAGUAAGUGCGGUGUUUGUGACCAAAGAUAUUGUGGGAUACGAACUUGGGGGAAAAUUAUCGAUGAGUGCUUCGGUGAGACUUCGUAGGUUAGGACUUAGGACCUCUCAGUAAGUAUUACAUCUUCUAGAGUAUAUGAUAAUAGUGCAAUACUCCAGUAUUGUGUAUUACAAUGCAGAUACAAAUACAUUCCGAAAGUGAGCUAGUAUUACAGUACAUAAUGAAACACUCAAAAGUGUUACAGACAUAGUAUUAUAAUAGGAAGUCUUACUAUUAUUGCCCACCCCUGAAUCAUGCAGUGACGCUUGGUUCAUUGUUAGGAAAAAGAAAUGCAGAAAGGAAGUUAUCAUUGUGUCCCCUCCUGCUUUCCCCAACAGUGUAUUUUUUGUUGUUGCUUCUGCUACUUGGAAUACGUUACAAGAUGCGCGCAGCAUCGACGGAUCAGAAAAAUAAUAAUGGCAUUUAAGUUUAUCGUAAAUCUGUAGAUUUUUUAAACAAUGGUUGCUCGUCCCGUGUCUGUGCUCUGUUGAAGUUAAGGCAUUCAUAAACUACAGGGUCUUGCCCUAUAAAAGCCUACCCGGGCCAGCGUGCCGUGUCCGCCAAUUACUCAAUGCAGGUGGCAAUAUAUACAUGCACGUGAUCGAUCUAUUUUUCGUACAUUAUUUUUCAUUUCAUUCGUGUACUAUUCAUGUAUUGUCAUAAUUUCAUUCGUUCAUUGUUCGUUCAUUGUGAUCCAUGAUGGUUUAAGGGCAACGAUGACCAUUUUCCCCAUUUCUGUAUCAUCCUAAAAAUAGGGUGUCAGCAGUUGCGACGGAUUUGUGAUUUCUGAUGUUAUAUGUUUGCGAGGCUGAACACAGCUCUAUUGACAGUCCAAGUAAAAUAGGGCACACUAUAGUCUUGACGCAACGUGCUUUUAUCGUGGGAUGUCGCUUUAACACCGUAUCCCGGGUAUUUAACCUUACUUAAUAUACAAUUCUAUUAACUGACAUUAUUACUGACAAAUUACAUCAAAUUGCAUAAAGUCGCGUAAAACACGUUAAACACUCUUUUUAGAAGGGCCAAUGAAAUGUGAACUCAAAGUACAGCGACACAUUUCGCAUUUUCCCCUGUUACGUGUGCAUUAUAAGUUAACAUAAUCACACUUGACGUUAUUUGACAGCUGUCUGAACUUUUGUAAAACUUUUGUAAAAAAAAACUCACAUUUUUUUCAAACGUAACAUGUUGUCUCACUAAUCAAUAACUUGUGUAUCAAUAAUUUAAACACACACACACGCUCAUGGUUCAUAUAGCGUCGAAAUGACUUGCCAACCGCGAAUCCUUAACAGUAUUUGUCUGCUAUGGAAACCCAUAAGUUUAUAGUUGCUCUUUAGCAAUGUCGUACAAAUCGCAAUAUCAAAGUGCAAAACUCGUUCCUGAGAAUGCGACCACUUGUAGCAGUUAUUAUAACGGUGUAUUAUAGUUCAGUGAAGUAAUAUGUCAAUGUAUAACCGUGUCGUUUUUUAUAUGGGACUAGAAAAAAAAAAGAUUUCUUGCGAAGAUAACAAUACGAUCAAAUUUAUAUUUGUAUGCUUUAAUAAAACGUCCUGCUAAAAAAAAAAAUGCUACAGAUCACAGUUAUUAUCAUAGGCAGCGUUAGAUUACAAGUGAUAGAGACAUUUGUGUAAUUUAAAAAAAUGCAAUGUCAAUUUCAUCCAACAACGAGGGAGUUAAUGAUGUCUGCGAAGUUAUCAGAUAUUGCAGCUGAUUGCAAUAUCUUCAAUCUUCACGACAACGUGUAGUAAUUUGUGUUUGUGUGAUAUUGCUGGGGUACAGUUUGUCUUCCUCUUUGAAAUGAAUGUAUAACAACUUAAACGAAAGUAUUAGAUCACAUCCCCGUGAGAUCGGGGCUGACUACUCCUGUGUCCUCGUGCUAGCUACUACACGAUUAUUUCAGACUGAAUUCCACUAUGCAUAAAGCAGCAUUACAGCGAGGAGAUGUUAUAUACAGACGGAAUCGUGCCAAGUAUCUGUACAGUUUGUGUGACAAAUAUGCUUAGGUGAGAUUUUUUUUUUCU